AUGAAAGUUUGUAAAUAUUUGCCUCCCGCCCCUAACUGGAAUUCACCUAAAGCCUCGGCAUUAUCUAUAAAUAAUAAUAUAUUCGCUUAUGCUUCCUCGAAUAAUGUCAUACUUUUCAAUGCCGAAACUUUACAAUUUAAAGGAACUCUUGUUGGACAUACUGCUCGAGUGAAUUCAUUAACCUUUUGUGACAACCUUUGUGCUUCAGGAAGUGCUGAUAUGACUAUAAGGUGUUGGGAUAUAGUUGAUAAAAAGCAAGUUUAUAUCUCAACGAAUCAUAAGAGCGAGAUUUAUGCUUUAGCGUGGUCCAAUAAUUAUAAAUUCAUUGUAUCAGGAGAUAAAUCUGGAGAUUUAUCCGCGUGGAACCCAUCCAAAAAUAAAUCAAAUAAAUACUAUUUCAUUCAAUCCCCUAUUUACGAUAUUGCUGCAUCACCUACUAUUGAGAAUUCAUUUGCAAUAGGGUUUCAAAAUGGUGCAAUAAUAAUCAUUAACAUUGAUCAAGAUUUGAAUGGAAAGAUAGUUCGUCGUUUGAAAGGGCACGAUAUUGAAAUUCAAAGUUUAUCAUGGGAAAUACCUAAACAUCAACUAGAUCAACCGUUAACCAAAUAUACAUUCCUCGUUUCUGGUUCACGAGACAAAACUGCGUGUAUAUGGAAUGUAGAAGAAGAGAAUUUGGAAAGAAUAAUCUCUUUACCACAUCCUAUGCAUUACCUUACUGAACAACAGAAAUCUAGAUUAUUUGUUGCUACUGCAUGGAUUCCUGAAAGCAACAGAGUGCUUGUAAGCACAUACAUGUAUCAAAAAUUUGGGAAUGGUCACACUCGUAGUGUUUACACAAUUGUAGUUUAUCCUUGUGGUACUAAAGCAAUAACUUCUUCAAUGGAUCAAAAAGUAAUAAAACCUAUUUUUUCAAUAACUUGUAUUCCUAAACAAAUUAAUGAUAUUGAUAUUUCAGUUGCGGAUCCUCAUAGGUUAGCUAUUGCAUGUAGUGAUAAUAAUAUCAGAAUUUGGGAUAUUGCCAAUAUACUUAAUCCUUUUAGGUCAUUAGCUUUCGGUACAGAUUUAGGAAAUAUUGGGUGGUAUGAAAUUUAUAAUGAUAAAUCAAAAACAUUUGAUUCUUAUCAUAAAAAUAAGGUUUAUGCUAUUGAAUGGUGUAAAUCAGAAUGGUUGGGUAAAACUUUGGAUAAUGAAAAAUCAGAUGAAUUCAAUUUAAUUUUAAGUUGUGGAGGGGAUGGUAAUUUGCUUUUAAAUGAUAUUACAAAGCCGAAACGAUCAUCAUGUGUUAAUAAUAUGAUAAGAGAAGCUAAUCCUGAAUGGAUUAAUAUAGUGAAGGAUAAAAACAAUUAUUCAUCAAAGAGAAGUGAGGUUGCAAUUAAUCCUAAUGGUAGAUUUUUAGCAGUUGGUAACACUGAUGGAAGUAUUGAAGUAUAUGACUUACCUUCUUUCAAGAUAAUCUAUCAUAACAUUGGUCACCGAGCCACUAUAAAUAAGUUAAAAUGGUGUUCUCUAGGUUCGGAUGAUCAUACUAUCAUGAUUCAUGAUUUUUCUAAUUUAGAAAAUUUGUCAUCAACCAUCUCUGUUCCGACAUCGUCCUGCAAACAAGUCUUCGGAAUACAUAAAAAGGGAAUAACAGACUUGUCAUGGUGUCCCGUAGAUAAUAAAAAGUUGGUUUCAACGUCUUUAGAUGGAAUGGCUAUUGUAUGGGAUUUACAAAAAGGUAUUCCUAUAUCUAUAUUUCGUGGCCAUAACGGACGAAUUUUAUCUAGUGUGUGGAGUUUGGACGAUGAGGAUUUGAUUUUCACAGGUGGUGAUGAUUUAAAUUGUUUCGGUUGGAGAUUAUCCGAAAAUCCAUUUGAUUCAUCUUUAGUUUCAAAGGAAUCAAAGGAAUCAGAUUCGGCAACGAAGUCAAAAAUAGAUUUAAUAAAUGAUUCUUACCACGUUAAAAUUAUACAAGAACAAGAACAAGAAUCAUCUGUGAUGGUUGAUAUAUCCAAAUUACCAAAUCAACUAGAAACUGCGAAUACAAAAAUAAUCACUCCCACUGAACCUACUCAACUUAUUCAAUCCACCCAACCUACUCGCAAAGCAGCUCAAAAAAAGAGCAAAAAGUUAAAGAAUAUAUUACCAUUGACCUCAACUACUAUUCGACGUAAAAAUCUUCAACAUUACACUUUUAAACUUGCAAAAAGAUUAUACGGUGGGGAUUUGGGAAAGGCCUUGGAUUUUUGGGAGAAUGAUGAGGAAAAAAUUCAGAAGACUGGGGAGAAUGAUGAUCAUGAUCUCCCAGAUUCUCUAUUUGUAGACUUGUUCUUUGAUGAAGGGAAAAAGUCGAGAAAAACUAUUGAAAAAGAAGGAGGUUUAGAAGUAAAUCCAGGUCUUUUAUUGGAAUUAUGGUCUAAUGAUUUUUCAGGAUUGGUCAAACGUAAUGAAAAUAAUGAAGGGGUUUCCAAUCAAGAUUGGAUGAUACUUGCGCUUAGUCCUUUAGCUGGGAGAGACGUGUGGCAAUCUUUAAUGCGUUUGCAGGCUGAAAAACUUGCUGCCAAAAAUGAUCGUCAUGCGGCUGUUCUAUGUUGGUUAGCGUGCGGUGAAGUAUAUCAAGCUAUUGAAAUUUAUCGUAAAGCUGAAAUGUAUCGUGAGGCAAUUGCGCUUGCCAAAUUACGACUUGUUUCAAAUGAUCCGGUGUUAUCAGAAUUAUACGUUUCUUGGGCCAAUCAGCUUGAGAAAGAAGAAGUUUACGAACAAGCUGCCAUGUGUCAUCUUGCCUCUCACAGAGAUAAUUCAAUUUAUCAUGCACUAAAUGCUUUAUCUCGCCGUGGCGAUCCGUCUGCAUUAAAGGCUGCCGCCAGUUUGGCAUUAAUGCUAGAGGAUUCAUCUAAAGACGAAAGAGUUGCACGGUAUCUUGAGGUUCAAAAAGGAAAAGUUUUAGCAAGGAAUAAAAAUAUGACAACAAAAGAAGAAACAGAACAACAAUCUAAUUUGGAUGAUGAUGAUGAUAAUAUUUGA